CUCUCUCUCUCUCUCUCUCUCUCUCUCUCUCUCUCUUUCUCGUUCUCUCUGUUACGCUUUCCACCGCCUCGUAAACGCCAUUUCUGAAUUCGGUUCUGCUGCUUCUUCUUAUCAUUAUUUUAUUUAUUUUAUUGUUGUUUGAAUUAAAAAACUACGUUUAGGAACUCACGCUGCCUCCACGUUCUGCGAGGGGUCAAUUGCUGCUGGCCUCGUCGUCAUCGACUUUGGACGCACGUGCCAGAUUUGAACGGAGUAUAUCAUCCAAUCCGCAACUUCUUGACUGAACUGGAAUACGCGACAAACCGAGCUCCGUGGCGGUUACUGUUAUAAGGCAAUAGUGUCUUUGGUUUUGCUUCAGCGAGACAGGCGACGGCCACGGAGAAGAGUAGUUCGUCUUCGCACGUGAGAGGUUGCACCUCCAUCGUGUGUGUUAAAAGAAGAAAGGUUGUUUUUGUGGUUGUGGUUGUUGAGAUCACGGUUUUUGAGUGAAGGAACAGGGAGAUUUUUCUGAACAUGCCUCACAGAGCGACUUACUUUUUCCCGAGGCAGUUCCCCGAGAGAACUUUGGAUGAGUCUUCGAAGCAGAUAUUGGAUCAUGAAAAGAGAAAAAUCGUCAAUUCUAUCAAAUCAUCGGAUACAACUUUUGAAUAUGAAAGCGACGCGCCGAAAAAGCCAGCACCGGUUCCCACGCGUGCCUCUAAAGACAACGACGACGUCGUUUUCUCAUCCGGUAAGCAAUCCGCAGUCUCCGACCUCUUCACUGGUGCCGACAAGUUCCGCACCAAACAGAAGCAAAUCGCCGCCUUCUGCGAUUGGUUGAUCGACAAAAAGAAGGACCUCAAUCGACCGAGUCACCGUUUAAGAACUUAUCCUAACGACGACGAGGACGAAGAAGAUGAACAUGAGCAUCUACUUCCUCCGCCGCCGCCUGAAGAAGCGGCGGCGGCGGCGCAGGUGGUGAAGGAUGCUGUUGACCGGAGCUUCGACCGGCAGGUUUCGCUGCCGCGGUUGUCCAGCGGGAGCAGCUACGCCGGGAGCUUGUUCACGCUGGACGGCACCGCCACAUUCUCCAGCGACGUUACGAAAGACGAAACGUCAUCGUUUCAAGUCUUUACUGAAGAAGACGCGAGAAAAAGGAAAGAAGAGGAAGAAAACGUAAAACGCAAUACGACGCAGAAGUAUAAGGAGAGGUACUACCUGCAAAUGGCUUUGGCGCAGAGACUCUCUUGUUUAGCAAGCCUCGCUUCUGAACCUGUUCUCGCACUCGACGCUGGUCCCGAAACCUGGGACGCUGAAUCGGUUUCGUAUCGUUUAUGGGUGAGUGGAUGUUUGUCGUACACGGACAAGAUAUCUGAUGGUUUUUAUAACAUAUUGGGGAUGAAUCCGUACCUUUGGGUGAUGUGCAAUGAUGUCGAGGAAGAAGGGAAGCGUUUACCGACGCUGAUGGCGCUUAAGGCGGUUGAACCAAGCGAGACCUCCAUAGAGGUAGUUCUUUUCGAUAGACACGAGGACUCUCGGCUUAAGGAGCUUCAAGAUAAAGCUCAGGAGUUGUAUUCUGCUUCGGAGAACGCGUUGGUGCUGGUGGAGAAACUCGGAAAACUCGUUGCCAUAUGCAUGGGGGGUACGUUCCCUGUGGAGCAAGGAGAUCUACACAAGCGGUGGAAGUUGGUUAGCAAGAGGUUGAGAAACUUUCACCAAUGUGUUGUCCUUCCUGUUGGUAGCUUAUCCAGUGGACUCUGUAGACAUCGCGCGAUUCUCUUCAAGAGAUUGGCAGAUUACAUUGGUUUGCCAUGCCGCAUUGCUCGAGGUUGUAGGUACUGUGUUUCAGAUCAUAGAUCGUCUUGCCUUGUCAAGAUUAAAGAUGACAGACAGCUCUCAAGAGAAUAUGUAGUUGAUCUGGUUGGGGAGCCAGGAAAUAUCCUUGGGCCAGAUUCCUCAAUUAACGGAGCAUAUGCGUCAUCAAUACCUUCCCCAUUUCAAAUUUCUCAUUUGAAAGAAUCCCAAUCUCCUUAUGUGGAUGUUACAGCAUGUUCUCAAUCUCUUGAUAACACUUAUUCAGGCUUUGUACAUGAAGAUCAACGAGUUGACGAAACUGAUCGACUGAAAAAUAAUAAUGGCUCUAUUUAUUCUGCAAUAGAUCAAACUCGUGGAGGUACAGAGCAACCUCUAUUUCCUUGUGGCUUGAAAGGGAAUGAUAAGGAAUGUGCUGUUCUGGGUUUAUUAAAUUUUCCUCCCAUCCAUGAAGGUGUUUCUGAAGAUCUUGGCGAAGUCUCUGGGGCAUCGAUUCAUGAAUACCCCAGGCUCUGUAAAGAUUCAGUUGUAGUUAUAGAAGCUUCCAAAGAGAUCGUUGUAAAGGGGAGUUCUGGGGUAAAAAGCAUCUAUAAGCAAUCCAUACUGAGCUCAUCCACCGAAUCAGAACAGGAACACGUAAAAAAUAAACUUGAAAAUCAGGAUACUGGUAAUAUUCCAAGAUACUUGAAUCUUGAACCAUCACUUGCAAUGGACUGGCUUGAGAUACCCUGGGACGAUUUACGAAUCAAAGAGCGUGUUGGUGCUGGAUCAUUUGGGACAGUGUAUCGUGCUGAAUGGCAUGGAUCGGAUGUUGCUGUCAAGGUUUUAACAGUUCAGGAUUUCCAGGAUGAUCAGUUGAAAGAAUUUCUGAGAGAGGUUGCAAUAAUGAAACGAGUUCGUCAUCCAAAUGUGGUACUUUUCAUGGGUGCGGUUACUAAACGUCCACAUCUAUCUAUAGUAACAGAAUAUUUGCCUAGGGGCAGUUUAUUCCGCCUAAUACAUAAGCCAGCAUCUGGUGAAAUUCUAGAUCCUAGGAGAAGGUUACGGAUGGCUUUAGACGUGGCUAAAGGGAUAAAUUAUCUCCACUGUCUGAAGCCUCCAAUUGUGCACUGGGAUCUCAAAACCCCGAACUUGUUAGUGGACAGAAAUUGGACUGUCAAGGUGUGUGAUUUUGGAUUGUCCAGAUUUAAGGCGAACACUUUCUUGUCAUCAAAAUCUGUUGCUGGAACUCCUGAGUGGAUGGCUCCAGAAUUUCUUCGUGGAGAACCUUCAAAUGAGAAGUCUGAUGUUUACAGUUUUGGAGUUAUCCUGUGGGAACUUGUGACCCUGCAACAACCGUGGAAUGGACUUAGUCAUGCCCAGGUAGUUGGAGCUGUCGCCUUCCAGAAUAGGAGGCUUGCUAUCCCUCCAAACAUUUCCCAAGCGUUGGCCUCUCUCAUGGAAGCUUGUUGGGCUGAUAAACCUGCUGAUCGCCCAUCAUUUGCAAGCAUAGUUGAUUCUCUAAAGAAGCUACUGAAGUCACCAGCUGAUGCGAUUAAAAUGGGUGGAAAAUAACGUAGGUAUAGGCUGCCCAUGAUUGAGGAUUUUUGUUGAUGAAAUUUAACCUAACCCUCCCUUGCUCAUAUACUCCUAUUGAUGAUGGCAUGAAGCCCUUUUGAUUGUUUGUUGCAAUUGUAUAUCGAUCGGUUCAUUCAUGCCAACCCAUUUCGUAUGGGCAACAAUCAAGUCUGUAGUAACUUUUAAAUGAUGACCUCAGGCUCUUUUAUCUACAGCUUUGAGAUCAAUGAAAUAUUUUGCGACUUGGAA